CCAGUCUCGCCUCCGUCGUUCCCGUCGCUCUACCGAGGUUCCUUCUGAUUGGCUGCGCGGAGAGAACGAGCUCUUUUCAGCCCACCCACCGCUGAUUAUAGGGACUCUUGCUGACUUCUCUCUUUCCUGCCUUGCAUUGAGUCUGGGACCUGGCCCCGGGGCUGAACGGCACAUACACACACACACACGCACACAGAGAGCGCGCAUCAUGGCAGCUACCCACAGCGAGUACAGAGGCUACCUGCGGAACACCGUCGACAUCGAGGCAGGGCAGCACCGCUUCCACCCGGUGCAGAGCUCGGAGCACACUUACCGGCCGCUCCUAUUCGGGACCCUCGCUGUUAUGGGAUUGCUUCAGGUGGCUUCCAGCGUGGCGAUCUUAUUACACCUGACGGGUUACCUGCAAGAGGUAGAUUUGUCCUCAGCCCCACAUCGGCCAAUAGAGGAAGUACAGACGGAGCCGGUGCUGAACGCGUUGAGAGACACGAGGAAAAAAGGACGGUGCAAAACCUCCAAAGAGAGCCUGCCAUCAGCUCAUCUACCAAUUGGAGAGACCAAGGAGUACUCAAAGAAGGGUCUAACGAAGGCCAUCACCAUCGACUGGGACGAGGAGCACGGAUACCGCAACAGAAUGGGCUACCAGAGGGGGAAACUGCUGGUGAUGGAGUCGGGUUUCUACUAUAUUUACGCCAAGACCUGCUUCCGCUACUACAGACCGGAGGAAAGCAGUUUGGCCGGGCUCCCACCGGUGGAUGUGAGCAACACCCAGCUCAUCCAGUAUGUCUACCACGAGAGCAUCAAACAGAACAGCAAGUCCAUGGUGCUGAUGAAAACGGGCAGCACUAUGCGCUGGAACAUCACGACCUAUAACAUGUACUGCGCCCAGCAGGGCCGAGGGGUCCGCCUGGACGAGGGGGACGCCUUGUACGUCAACGUGUCCAAUGCUUGGAUGCUGGACCCGGAGGGAGAAGGGACGUAUUUUGGUGCCAUAAAGUUGGGUAACUGAAAGUGAAAACACGUGGGGAGCAGACAUGCUACUGAACAUUUGAUAUGCCAAAGAACCACUGUUAGCGAUUUACCACGUUGACUUGUCUUGUUCGUGUUGUUGUUGUUGUUUUUUUACAUCGCUCUUCACCAAAUCGGCGAGUCAUAUAUGAGAAAAAGAAUGGAAAAAGGUCGUCACCUUUUUAACAUCUUGUCUUGCUUUUUUUUUUUGUAUUGUGUCUGGUGUUGAGAAAUGUCAAUACAUUUCAGUUCAUAUUACCACAUUUAGACUUAAGCACAGACAUGUGUUGCACUAAUUAAACAAAUCACAAGGGAGCGACUUAGGAAGCAAGUUUGUUGGCAAGAAGUGCAGUGAGAAAAGAUUUAUCAAUGUUGAUUGUUGGGGGGGGGGCACAAAGAGUGCUGUAGCUGAUGCAGCAUCUGCUUGUACUUAGCAGAUUAUCACAGAAUAAAAUUAAUUCCCAGGUCGGCCUCUGACCCACGGCAGUGAAUCCACAAAUGUUUUCCUGAAAGGUUUGGUGGGUGUGAACGAGGCGUCCUCACCAGUAAGUAACUCAACGGUGUAAUUGGAAACAGGCAGUUAGACGGUGAGUUAUAUCACCCUCAGAGUCUCCUAAAGAUUCACUUUGACGCCGACGUUGUUUCUUUAAGCAACAAAAGCAGCUUAAGAAGAAGGUUGUGUGUGUGUGUGUGUGUGUGUAUGUGCGCGCGCUCUCCAAACACUCAACAAGUAUUCCAUUUUUCUGUCUGAGAGCGGCCUGCUUCACCGAAGGCGACUACGCGACAAUGUCAUUACAAACCGAGAGAGGGAAUGAAAUCUGUCUGUUAUGUUUAUGACGAUGGACAAACGAUGCAGAUAGCUGGACUGUCUGACCAUAAAUUACACGAAUAGACUCUUGUCUUUAACUAGACGGACCGAAUUGAGUUUGGUUCAUCUUUAACUUAAAUGUUUUGUUUUUCAUUUGGCUCUUCAGUGAGGUCAAUGGGAAUAUGCACUAAAUAUUUAUUUAUUAGCUAUAGAAGUACAGAGACGGGUCAUUUUUGAAGUGACCUAUCGGCUGUAAAAAAAAUCAUUUAUAUUUUAUCUCUGUGUGACAUUCAUUAUGCAGCACUUAGAGAGGAUAUAGUAGACACGCUUUUUUUGUAAUAAAAACACAGGGGCUUCAUUUUAAAUUCCAUAUUUAUGUAUCUUGAUUUUGACAAUUCUGUGUGCACUUACCUAGCCAAAAGCAAUAUGGAUAUAUUGUUUCUUCUACAAGAUUGUAGCAUACCUGUAAGAUCUUCAUCUGAUAGAUUCCU